AUGAAUGGACCUCCAGUGCAGUCACCAGCAUAUGAAAAGAAGGUUAGAAGGCCACCAAAAUCCAGGAGGAAGCAACCUACUGAAGUGCAAGGAAGGGCUGGGCCAAAGCUGUCAAAGCAUGGGGUAAUUAUUACUUGUAGUUGGUGCAAAGGUGAGAACCACAACAGUGCUGGUUGCGCCCUUAAGAAGUUAGGGAUUAGGCCAUCAGUCCAUAGGAACACAGCACCAACACACAAUGAAGAGACUCCUAUUCAUGUAGACAACCAAUCUAAUGAAGAGGCAACUAUCUCCCAGGCAUCAAGCACUGUGGAUGCAGGAAGGCAUCAUGGACCACUUCCAGACAGUGCUUUCAUUGAAGAUAACCAACCUAUUGCCAGGCCAGCGCCACUUACUACAGCAACAAAGCAGGGCAAGGCAGCAGGGCAAGGCGGCAGGAAAGGCAACAGCAACAAAGAAGUUAACGGGGAAGAGGAAGGCAACCUGAAGUGA